AUGACGUCGGACGAUCACGGCCAGCGUUUGCGGCUGGCACUGGUGUCUCAACUGGUGGAGGUCAUUGAUGAGCUUCGGAAGAAGGACUACCAGGUGGUGUUUGUGUCAUCAGGCGCAGUUGGCAUGGGGUGCAUCAAGCUGGGAAUCCCCAAGCCUACGGACCUACGCACCAAGCAGGCGGUGGCAGCCGCUGGCCAAAGCCAGCUCAUGCGCGUGUACGAGGACCUGUUUGGCACAAUCCGUGUGAAGGUUGCACAGCUGCUGCUGAGCCAGUCGGAUUUUGCCCAGAAGGAGCACUGGAGCAAUGUGAAGGGCACCAUCAUGGAAUGCCUCCGCCUCGGGGUGGUGCCCAUCAUCAACGAGAACGACUCCACAAACACUGCGGAGCUCCGCUUCGGGGACAACGACAACCUGGCUGCGCUGACUGCGGUUCAGCUGGAAGCUGACGCGCUCUGUCUUCUGACGGACGUCUCCUGCGUUUACACCGCAAAUCCCCGCACCAACCCCGACGCCAAACCGCUCUAUGUGGUUCCGGAGCCCUGGGCCCUUAGCGUGGAGACCAAAGAUGCUGGAAGCGGCCUCGGAACCGGGGGCAUGUCCACCAAGAUCCUGGCCGCCCGCACUGCAUGCGUGUCAGGCAUCCCUUGCGUGCUCUUGAACAGCAGCUUCCCACGGCGGCUGCUGCCACUCUUGGACUUUGUGCCAGAGCCAGAGGCGAGCCUCCCAGAGGAAGCCACCUACUUCAUGGCGAUGGACACAGCGCAGACGGUACACGACACGCGGCGCUGGAUCCUUUCGCUGCCGGUGAGCGGAGAGCUGUCCUUGGAUGAUGGCGCGGCUAAGGCUCUGGGUGCUAAGAAGAGCUUGUUGCCGGUGGGCGUGCAGAAGGUGCAGGGCCAGUUUCUCCGCAAUGAAGCCGUGCGAAUUUGCCAUGGCGGACAUGAGAUCGCCCGUGGCAUCGUUAAUUUUCCAUCCGAGGAGUUGUCAAAGAUCAUUGGUCGCACGUCCAACGAGUUCGAGGACAUUCUUGGAUUUUCCAGUUGCAUCGAGGCGUGCCAUCGAGGCAACAUCAUCCUCACGACGUCAGUGGAGACGCUGCUGGCCAUCGAGUCCGCCUCCCCUCUCCGGUCGGUGCCCUCGGGCCAAAACUGCUAUGGCGCGGUGUCCCGUGAGAGCUCCUUCUCCGAACGCCACGGACCAUAA